AUUCCCACUUGAGUGUUAACUACUUCAUUCAUAUUAACUUCUGAAAGUUAUUUUGUUAUUUUUUGAUGGUGAACUUUUUUAUAUCUCAUAUUCAUUAACAGUGAAUGUGUAUAUAUUGAUUUUAUAUCUUAUUGACAAAAACAAUUUGACUACUAUAAUCUGUGGCACAAAAUAUCACCUUUUUUCAUGGGAAGAACUUGUUGCUAGACUCACUAUCACAUAUUUUGCUCUCGUAGAUUUUCCCAUACUAGAAGCGAUACUAAACAACCUCAAGACACUUUUGUUACAGGGAUUUAUGUUGGUGGUAUGUUUCACUGGUAAAUGCACACAAAUUUUGACAAUUGUGUAUUUGUUUGUGUAUAUUUCUUUAUGUUAGAAUGUCUUGGAAUCCAAAUUUAGGAUUAUAAAGGCAUUGAAAUGGUUUAUACUUUAUACAGAUAAUGAUGGAGACUAUAUGAUGUUUGGAUGUGAUGAAAAUUUGUGCGUGAAUUUAUUGAAUCAAAAUUUGUGUCUUUGACAGCUCUCGAAACAAUUAAAUCAAGGGACUUUCUUUCAACCUAAUUCAGUCAUUGAUAUCCUUCUUUUUACUUUGCAAGGAAUGCAUGGAAGUUACUCUUGUAGGAAAAUAGGAAAUACAGAAGUAAUAAAUUUGAUUUGGCUGGGCCUUCACAGGCACCCCUACUAGUAAUGACAAGAACCAACAUAGGAAGUGAUUUUAUACAGUGAGGACCAUGCUUUGUAAAUCUCCUCUGCUCCGAGAGUGGAAAAGAAAAUGCCAAGGGUUCCUUCAAAGAGAACAAUGCUUCUUUACAAAAAAGGAUCUCCCUUAUUGUUCAAUUCAAAAGCUCCCACAACCCCAUUCUAUAAAUUGACAAAGACUCAGUUUUUCUGCACCUACUUAUCAAAACUCAACGAGCCACUACAAACUCAUAAACCAAAUUUUUGUAAUGAGUCCCCAAGUAUGCACAAUGAACUGAGGAAGGGACCUGGCCUCAUCCACCUCAAAACUGAACCAGAAGAGUUGGCAAAUGAUCAGAAUAAAGAUGAAUUCACCACUGAUGUUGAGAAGGUAUAUAGAAUUUUGAAGAAGUUUCACUCUAGGGUUCCAAAAUUAGAACUUGCUUUGCAACAGUCUGGUGUUAUUGUGCGGUCAGGAUUGACAGAACGUGUAUUGAACCGUUGUGGUGAUGCUGGGAACUUGGGAUACAGAUUCUUUGUGUGGGCUUCGAAGCAACCUGGAUAUAGGUAUAGCUAUGAUGUGUACAAAGCUAUGAUCAAGAUUUUAGGAAAAAUGAGGCAGUUUGGAGCUGUUUGGGCUCUUAUUGAGGAGAUGAGAAAAGAAAGUCCUCAAUUAUUAUCCCCUGAGGUGUUUGUGAUUUUAAUGCGGAGAUUUGCCUCAACUAGAAUGGUGAAGAAAGCUAUUGAAGUUUUGGAUGAGAUGCCCAAAUAUGGUUGUGAACCAGAUGAGUAUGUAUUUGGAUGUUUGUUGGAUGCUUUGUGCAAGAAUGGCAGUGUAAAAGAGGCAUCUACAUUGUUUGAGGAAAUGAAAUUUAGGUUUAAGCCUACAAUUAAGCAAUUCACAUCAUUGUUAUAUGGCUGGUGCAAAGAAGGGAAGCUUAUGGAGGCGAAAGUUGUGUUGGUGAGAAUGAGGGAGGCUGGUUUUGAACCUGAUAUUGUGGUCUAUAAUAAUUUGCUUAAUGGGUAUGCUGUGGCUGGAAAAAUGGCUCAUGCAUUUGAUCUUUUGCAGGAGAUGAGAAGGAAAUCUUGCUAUCCCAAUGCGACUUCCUUCACAAUUGUAAUUCAAGCACUUUGUUCACAAGCAAAGAUGGAGGAAGCUAUGAGGGUAUUCAUGGAUAUGGAGAGAAGUGGCACUGGGGCUGAUGUUGUGACAUACACCACUUUGAUAAGUGGGUUCUGUAAGUUGGGGAAGACUGAUCAAGGCUAUGAGCUUCUGGAUAGGAUGAUACAGAAGGGGUAUAUGCCUAAUCAGACUACUUAUUUGCACGUCAUGCUUGCGCAUGAGAAGAAUGAAGAGUUGGAGGAGUGCAUGGAACUUAUUAAGGAGAUGCAGAAGAUAGCUAUUUUCCCUGAUCUCAGCAUCUACAACACUGUAAUUCGGUUGGCAUGCAAAUUGGGAGAAAUUGACGAAGGUAUGCGAGUCUGGAAUGAAAUAGAAGCAAAUGGGUUAAGUCCAGGGGUUGACACCUUUGUCAUUAUGAUUAAUGGUUUUAUUGAGCAGAGGCGUCUAGUUGAAGCUUGUGAUUUCUUUAAAGAAAUGAUUGGAAGAGGUCUUCUAUCAGUUCCUCAAUAUGGUACUUUGAAAGACUUACUAAAUUCUCUACUAAGAGAAGAAAAGCUUGAAAUGAGCAAAAGUGUGUGGAGUUGCAUUGUGACUAAAGGUUGUGAGCUUAAUGUAUAUGCAUGGACAAUUUGGAUUCAUGCACUUUUCUCUAAAGGGCAUGUGAAGGAAGCAUGCUCAUACUGUUUGGAUAUGAUGGAUGCUGGUGUGAUGCCUCAGCCAGACACAUUUGCCAAGCUCAUGCGCGGUCUAAGAAAGUUGUAUAAUAGACAGAUUGCAGCGGAGAUUACAGAGAAGGUUAGGAAAAUGGCUGAAGAGCGACAAAUAACUUUCAAGAUGUAUAAACGACGCGGAGAAAGGGACUUGAAGGAGAAAGUUAAGGCAAAAACUGAUGGAAGGAAGAGGAGAGCUCGUAGGCGCCGUUGGGGUAGCAACCGUCUGGAAGCUAACAUGUUGUGAUGCAGAAGCUUAAUUCCUUUAUGAUUUGAAAGAAUUUGUUUCAUUAAAUUAAUAUAAGAAUACUAUAUUUUGUUCCCUUCAACAAAUGAUUUUUAUGUUCUGUAAGCUCUGUUGUAUUUUUAUGUUCUGUAGCUUUCUAAAGCACAUAAAUAUGCAGUAGAAUUGAAACCAUGCAAACAUGUCUUCUUUACCAACAUAUCAACAAUUGAAUUUGAAUUUUGAAAUUCUCAACUCUCAAGCUAUAUGCUGCAUUGAAAUUUUUACUUUCUUGAGUGUUACCAAUAACACCUAGUAAUAACAACAUCAGAUGCAAGGAAAAAUCUAUUAACAUUGCAGAACUAGUGUCAAGGUGAGGUAGGUCAAUUUACAAAGUUUUAUUUUCAUGUCAGGAGACCUAUACAAAUCCCUUGAAAAUGGCCUCGGCAUAUGUGAUAGUCAAGUAAGCUUCUCUGAAGCUCCAAGGUAACUGUAUUAUGUAAGGAUGCAUAUGCCUGUUGGUAAUACUAAAUUCAUUGCUUAAUAGCUCUAUAUCAUCUUUAUUGUUCCAGGAAAACCAUUGUCAGCCCGGAAGACGUAGCUCAAGAUAUUGUUGUUCAGAGAGGCAGUUCGAGGGGUAUACAUUUUAGAGGUGCAGGGCCUAGAGAAAAAGGUUUUUACUAUUUCAUUACAUUAAACUGUUAUAGUAUUGAAAUAAAAUCAGAUUAGCAUGGGUCUAAUGCACUGAAGAAGUGCAUGCUUGUAUUGUAACAUGUGGUCUUUGCCCAGGAAUCAAUACUGUUAUCCGUGAGAUAGUAUGUGGCUUAAAAUAUAUGUAAGGAGUCGAUGAUGUGCUUGGGGUUCAGGUUGGCUAAUGUGGAAGCACUUUUAAGGUCAUAAACAUAGUCCUGUAAGUUUAUUUCUUUUUGAACACUAGACUAAAGGCCAAAGUCAUAUAUGCAUUCUUAUGUCCUAUUAUACCUUAUUAAUCAAUUUAUUUAUUUAUUUC